AAAAUAAACAAAAUGCAAAAAUCAUAUUUUUUGUCAAAUACUAAUUCAAAGGCAAAAAAUUUUUUCGACGUAACCAACACAAAUAUUUUUUACUCAUAUCAUUUAUACAGACAAAUGUCUAGCUAAGUUUAAAAUCCAUCAUAAUUUUUUUUUCGCCUCUUCCUUUAUGAUACCAUUUUUUAUGCUCAUCAUACACACUGAUUUUCAUUGUAAAUCAUUGAUUGAUACUCAAAAGAAACAAACGAAAGCUCACGUCAUCAAUAACACAAAUCACCAAAAAAAGAAGAAAUCCACAAUCAAAAUCUUGUAUUGCAAAAAUUUCCUUGUUUUCUUUAUGUAUUUCUUAAUGUUGGAAAUUCAGACGUUAAUAUUUCACGAAUCAAAUCAAUCAAUAAAAAACAAAAUAAUCGAUCAAAAUGGAAAAAGCACCUGCUGAAUUAUUACAUAAUCGACAACUAUUAAAACAAUUGUUGAUGCAAAAAAAAUUAAAGGAUCGAUUAUCAUCAACCGUAUCGAAAGAUACUCCCGGACCACUUGUACCACGUUGGUAUUUUGGUGGUAUAGCAUCGACUGGUGCCGCUUGUAUUACACAUCCAUUGGAUACGAUGAAAGUUUAUUAUCAAACAUCAGGAUUACUUGCAGGACGUCAAACAUUAGUGGCCGCAACAAUUCAAGUGAUCAAAAAAAAUGGUUUUCUUGCCCUGUAUAAUGGUCUAACAGCUUCGAUGUUACGUCAAUUAACUUAUUCAACUGUUCGUUUUGGUAUCUAUGAAGCUACUAAACAAAAACUUAUUACACAUGAACAGCAAAUAUUACCUUUAUAUGAACGUAUGAUUAUAGCUGCCUUUUCUGGAGCGUUCGGUGGCCUAGUCGGUACACCACCUGAUGUUGUAAAUGUUCGUAUGCAAAAUGAUAUUAAGCUUGAAAAACGUUUCAAACGAAACUAUCGAAAUGCCUUACAAGGUUUGAAAGAAAUCUAUCGUAAAGAAGGUCCAUCUGCUUUAUUUCGUGGUUCAUCAAUGGUAAUGGCAAGAUCAAUUUUAGUAUCUAUCGGUCAAUUAGCAAUGUAUGAUCAAUUUAAAUAUUGGUUUGUAACAAAAGCAUCAAUGGCUGAUGAUAAAAUGAAAACACAUAUUAUUAGCAGUACGUUUGCUAGUAUCACUUGUACGAUUCUAACACAACCAUUGGAUGUAUUAAAAACACGUAUAAUGAAUCAAAGUGAAAAUUGUACGAGACAAGCAUUGAAAAAACAGGUUAUGGAUUUAUAUUGUUCAUCAGGUAUACGUGGAUUUUAUAAAGGUUUUGUACCGGCUUUUAUACGUGUUGGUCCUCAUACUGUUCUUGUAUUUGUUAUCUAUGAACAACUUCGUAUACGAUUCGGUGUUAAUAUUUGAUGAUUUUUUUUUGUUUGUUUGUUGAUGUUUUUGUAAAAUUAUCAUUUAUAUUUUUUUUUUUUUUUGAAAAA